UUGAGAACGGUGCAGCUGGAAAGGAGACGUCGACGGGUGACUUCUAAUGCCCUUGAAGCAAACUCUUAGGCGGCCAUGCCGGUGGAAGCUGUCACUAGCCUGCUGAGUGGCACCAGUCCACUUGCGCCCCGGCUGUGCCGGACCAGCUUGGCUGCGGUCUUCAUGCUGCGGCUCGGAGCCUUGGUGGUCGGAGCCAGGACCCUGUGGCGGGGCGAGGUGGGGGACCUGGCCUGUAACCCCAGCGUGGAGAGCUGCCGGCACGCCUGCUUCGACGCCGCCUUCCCCGUCUCGCCCUUCAGCCUGUUUGCACUGCAGCUGGCCGCCAUCUCCAGCCACGCGCUGGCCAGCUUCUGGCACGCCGGCCUGGGGAAGGGCAGCUGGCGGCCGCCCAUGCGCCGGGGCAGACAGCCGCUGCUCUGGCUGCCUGUGGGCAGCCUCUUGUGCAAGGCAGUGCUAGAAGGCGUCUUCCUGGUGACUUUCCAUGCGCUCUAUGGCCACUUCCCCGCACUGGUGCGAUGCCCUCCCUCCCCCUGCCCACCCGCCGUAACCUGCGCCAUCCGGAAGGCCUGGGAGAAGGACGCCUUUAACCACUUCAUGGCCAGUUCCUCCUGGGCUUGUCUCGUGCUCAGUCUGCUGGGGGCGCAGCACGCCGCAGCUCGGAUCCUCCGCGAGGCUCCUGCAAGAACUUGGCCAAAAGGCGCAGGCAGGAGGCCAUGUGUGUAA